AUGGCAAACUCUCCUCGCAUGGUACUCAGGUACUAUUUAAGGGUAUGCCUAUUCUUUCCAAUGCCGGGAUAUGCUGCCAUUUUCUGGACAGACAGUUACUUGUUGAUCAGCCUCACCCUCAUAUCAUUGUUAGCAAUUCCGCUGCAUCUUUUCUGGAUGAGGCACUAUUUGUGCAAAUUCAAUGGAAGUCUUGGGCAUUGGGUCUGUGAGAGUGUGUCCAAGUGUUUUGCAUGUUGUGCCAAACUAUAA